AUCUCAUCCAGAUCGUCACAGCUUGCGAACUUGGAGUUCUCUCAUCUCGCCACGACGGACGCCGACCAAUUGGCUGGCCAAUUCCAACACCGCGGCCGGCGCGUUGCGUCUCCUCUCCUGCGCCCGCCGCGACCGCGUGCACUUUCCCUCGCCUUUUACCCGUUGCCACCCGGGCGACAACGGCAGCAACCGCUACAGCGAAGCAACCGAGGCGGCCCCUCUCACCUCACCCACCCCACCACACGCCACUACACCACCACCGCACUCGCAGCCGAACAAAACGCGGGGUGGCCGCGCAGAAUCGGACGAGGGGCGGUCUACUUGCGACGUACCGGCGCGCCGCUACUGUUUCCCGGUCUCCGCGCUAUCGGAGCAUCGAUUCCCGUGUGGCGCCUUGCCGCCUUCCUGUUUCAGCCGCCGCAGCCGCUUUCGAGUUGCUUCGCGUCGGCUCGGGGUGGCGGUCGCGGUGGUGACCGAGCUUUUUCCCCCUCGGGCUUGUUCUUUGGCUGGCCCGCGCCACUGUUGCUUUCCCCAAUCCGAUCCUAAGCUCGUGAUCGAUCGGCGCGGAUGGAGGUGCUGAAGAAGAAGGCUAGCAAACUCUGGGAGCACGUAGCCAAGCAGCAGCAGGCGGUUCUCAAACAGUUUAGUGCACGCUACAAUCAAGAUCCUUCUCUUGUCGAUGAAGCGGAGCUUGAGUGCCACCAGAAUCUUCAGAGGCUUUACAGUACUACAAGAGCAGCUAAACAUUUCCAGCGAAAUAUUGUACGAGGCGUGGAAGGUUUCACUGCUGUUAGCACGAAACAGAUGGAGAUCAUUAAAAGACUAGCUGAGGAUUGUUGCAAAUAUGGAAACGACAAUCAAAAUUUUGGUUUUGGUCUUGCAAGGGCGUCUGUGGAGUUCGGUAAAUCUCAUAAUCAAAUAGAGAAAGAGCAGGAGAAUCUUCUUAAAAUUCUUGGAGAGCAGGUUUUUGAACCUCUCCGGGAAAUGAUAAUGAGCGCUCCUCUUGAAGAUGCUCGCUUGUUAACUUACCGUUAUCAACGAAUCAGACAAGACAUGGAGUCUCAGAUAGCUGAUGUGAUGAGAAAGCAACUUAAGUCCAAGGAGAGUAGUGGUAAUACGGAUAAUUCUGUGAAACUGCAACAUGCAGAAUCAAAAUUAUCGGAGCUUCGAACUACACUGGCAUCAUUAGGAAGAGAAGCAACUGCAGCUAUGGAGGCUGUAGAGGCUCAGCAGCAACAGGUUACAUUUGAACGUCUCCUUGCAAUGGUUGAUGCUGAGAGAGCUUAUCACCAAAAUGCUGCUGAUAUUCUGAAUAAACUCCAUGAUGAGAUGCUUCAUGCAAAACAACAUUAUGAGUCAACAAACCACUAUGAUGAACAAUCAUCAGAGCCUGAAUCUGAAACAGCUCCAACACAUGUGCGCUCACAUAGCACAUCUGAAGAUCCAGUAUUAACUAAACCUAACGAAUCCAUGGGGAAUGGCCAGGAGGUGCAUUUUGUUGGGGAGGUCAUUCAUCCAUUUGAUGCUCAAGCUGAUGGUGAGCUCAGUAUUUCUGUGGGUGACUACGUUGUGGUCCGCCAGGUGGCGGCAAAUGGUUGGUUGGAAGGGGAAUGCAAGGGAAAGGCUGGCUGGUUCCCAUCUGCUUAUGUAGAGCAGAGGGACAAAGCCCCGGCAAGCAAGGUGAUAGAAUCUGGACUUCUGACUACUUGAUCUAUCCCGUACCUAUGGUUGCUAACUCGCUGUCAUCGUCCUUUUUUUCAUUGUACAUGACACGUGGUAUUCCACGAGUGAGUAGCAUUUUAUAGAACUUUUACCUUUCUGUGCAGAUUAUUGUGCUUUUAGGCUUUGCCUUGCCUAAUAACUGUAUGUAAAAUGUAGCUUUUGGCUUUUAGGGUUUCCUUUUGUUUUAUAACAAUGUACAGAGCUAUUGGUCAUGAGACGCUGUCAGGUUCCCCUUGUUACGUGGAAAGCGUGCUUCCUGCCAA